GCGUCUCGGGUAGCAGAGCAGGAUGGAGAAGCGAGGCCGGGGCGGGAGGGUGACCCCGAGCCAAACCCCUCAGCAGACGCCGGCGACGCCCCGGAGAGACAGGAGGGCUAGCAUGUUCGAGAAAGAGGCAUUUGCCCAGAUCUUAAGAGAAAGACUGAGAGAAUCAAUUCAUGAUGUUCAGUAUGUGGAGCCUCCAUUUGAUGACUCAAUCGCUGAUAUAGGUAAAGAAUGGAAGAGUGCCCUGGCAAAAUUAAAGUUUGCUAAUUCAUAUAGAAUGCAGCCAUUGAGGAAAUUUCAAGCCAAUUCAGUAGAAUCUAAAGUCCAGCAGAUACUGAAGGAAUGUCUUAAAGAUGUCAAGUAUGAUGACAAAGUCUUCUCUCAUUUGUCACUUGAAUUGGCAGACCGCAUACUGUUAGUGGUCAAAGAAUUUGGGUUCCACCGUUACAAGUUCAUUGUAAAAGUAUUAUUUAUUCAAAAGACUGGCCAAGCAAUAAAUGUUGCCAGCAGAUGGAUCUGGGAUGUUGCAUGGGACAGCUGGGUUGCAGUGAAGCAUGAAACCGAAUCUUUCGUGGCUCUGGCCUUGGUGUUUGCUUUGUACUGUGAAUAGCUUGUUCCAUACACUAGAGAGUGUUUACUUCCCAACUUUUCAAAAACAAGUGAAAUUUGUAGACUUGUGAACUUCAUAGUAUCUUUGAUUAGUUACAUUGCUAUUUCCAGUGGAGGCUUCUUAUUGUAUUCUUUUGACAACAAAGUAAAAGCUAGAUUUUUUA